AUGCUCGCCCUCUCGGCGGCCCUCGCUGCCGCCGCCUCCGCCGUGGGAGCCCUCGGCGCCGCAGGCCCCCGCGCCGGGGGAACCAUCGGCGCCGACCGCCUGUGCAGCCUCGGAGCCAGGCUGGCGAACCACAGCGCCAGCGCGGGGCGGACGUGGGCCAACCGCGUGCCUGGCAGCCCGCCCGGCGUGCAGCUGGUCCAGCUCGGGGCGCAGCUCGCGCAUCGCAGCCUCCGGGCAUCGGCGGCGUGCGCCCCCGGGUCGCGGUGCGAGGUGCCCGCCGGCGCCGCGUGGGUGCUGGACGCCAGCAUCGACGUCGAGUCGCUCACCAUUCGAGGGGAGUUGAGGUGGGAUACGGCGAAGGACGGGCUGGAACUGCGCGCCUGCCACGUCAUGGUGGAGGACGGAGGCCUGCUCGAGAUAGGCACCACGGACGCGCCGAUGGAGCUGAGGGCCACCAUCUACAUCAAGCAGUGCGGGUCGCUCUCCGGACCCAUGGGCAGCCGCUUCGUCGGCAGCAGGGGCAGCUCCCGCAUCGAGAUACACGGCCGCCCCCUGGCGCGCACGAUGUCCCUGCUCUCCAGCGGUGCCGCCCAGGGCUCCUCGCAGCUGGCCCUGAAGCACGACCCGGGAGACAUGGGCUGGCGCGUCGGGGACCGCGUCGGCGUGGCCACCACGCGGGCCCGCCAGAGCGACUCCAGCGAGCACACCAUCGUGGAGCUGCUGCCCUCCGGGCUCCGCGUGUCGCCACCGCUCCGGGCCGCGCGGAUGGGCGGCAUGAAGGACGUCGAGGGGCAGCAGUUCGAGCUCGCCGCCGAGGUGGUGAACAUGGAGCGCUCCGUGCUCAUCACCGGGGACCACCAGGACUUCCUCGCCACGCGCCAAGGACUGCACGUGAUGAUGGGGCCAGGCAGUGUGGGAGUGGUGCGUCACGCGAGGGUGGAGUACUGCGGCCAGAACGGCAUCAAGGGCCGCUACUGUCUGCACUUCCACCUGCUGGGGCAGUGCCCGGAGUGCAUCUUCCAGGGCAACGCCAUUGUCGAGUCCUUCCAGUCGGGCAUCACCAUUCAUGGGACCCACCGGACCACUGUCGACUCCAACGUCCUCUGGAUGAACAGAGGGGUCGGGAUCUACACGGAGGACGGGAACGAGAUGAACAACACGAUCAGCCACAACACAAUCAUAUGCCCUUACUGGGACGAUUCGAAGCGCAGCGGGGGCCCCAGCGGUCCUUACUGCAUCGUAAAGGGCGCGAACGCAGGCGAGGGCGUGGGCAUCUACAUGGUUGGCGUGACCAACGACGUUAUCGGCAACCACAUUGUCGGUCAUCAGCACGGCCUCUUCACACCGGGCGGCCUCCACCACCUUGGCGAGGGGGAAGCACACGGGAAGGUCUGCCCGAGGCACCUUCCGUACGGGAUCAUGCGCGGGAACGUCAAUCACGACAACUCCUACUUCGGCAUCUACCCAGACAACCAGUUCCCGCGGAACGUGGGCCCCCGCGACGAGAACGGCUACGUCAUCGACAUGCAGAGGUGCUGGCAGGAACUCACGCCCGAUGGCAGGGACAACGGGGUGGUCCCAGCGUCUGUGGUGGAGGACUGCCUGGACUACCACAACGAUUUCGUUGGCCAGUACACGGCCGGCGACAUCAUGUACCUGCGCUUCAGGGCGGUCGAUUGCAACACGGGCAUGUAUUGGAAGCGGUCGAAGAAUUUCGCCGACCCGACCGCCGUUCACAUCCGCGACUCCGUCUUCGCGGACACUACCGCUCGGCUCCCCGGGGGGGCCUUCACCUUCACCAUGGAGGGCGUGACCCUGGCUGGACGGGCGCAGCUCCACUCCCCCCAGCACUGCUUCGGCAGCCCCGACCUGGGCGGCCCCCUCCAGGGCAUGACCUGCAACGUGCAGAACCACCUGGUGGGCCUGGACUCCACGACGCACAUGUACGGCUGGGUCAGGGACAGUGGCGCGCAGGUGAUCAACUUCGGCAGCAGCGACGGCGAUCCGGUCCGGAUCCUGUGGGUGGCGGCCGACGAGUCUCUGGACGGCUACGGAGCGAUUGUCAGCCCGCACCUGAACGGCUUCGCGCUCGUGCCUGGAUGCCAGGGCCCCCUCGGCAAGUGGGGUGGAGGUUUUGGCUGCGCGAAGACCACUCCGGUUCGCCGCUUGAACAUAUUCGGUCCCAAUUUCGGGCGCAUCACCAUUCGCGGUCCUGGCUAUGAAGGUGUCAGUCGUGACGACUCUGAGCCUACAUUCGGCAUGAACGCUGGCAGCCUCUGGUGGACCCCCCCCUUCCACGACCCCAGCCGCACGUGGAACAACCAGGGCAGCUAUGCGGCCCCGGUGGUUGCUGGGGCCAGCUACACCGUGGAAGGCCUCCGGUGGCUGCCAGACGCCGGCCAGCCUGGCGACAUCAUCGUCGAGUUCUCAGACCCCCACGCGUCGCAGAGCUUGGGCAACGCCGCCGAGGCCGUGACCCUCACCCUGGUCACCGACCGGGGCCAAGUCUCUUGCACAGCCGCCGCGGACUCGGACCGGCGCUUCGUUGCCAGCGGCCAGACGGGGCCCGAGACGGGAGCAGCCCUGGGAGACUGCGGGCAGAAAUUCCGUUGGUUGGCCGGGCAGGCGGAGGCUACCACUUUGGAGCGGGCCCACCGGCGGCGCCGGCGCCAGUACGUUCCGGUGCAGCACGGCGCUGUGGAGCCCACACUGCCAGAAGGGGGCUGCGACGCGCCUUGCAACUACAACGGUGGCUCGCAUUCGUGCCGCGGCCGCAUCAGCUGGCUGGUCGAGCACGGCGGCAAGAGUGCGGCGGCGGCCACGAGCCAGGUCAACGAGGAGUGCAGCGGGCAGUGCUCCUGCCAGGCGCCAGAGCCCUCCGCCACAUCUACGCCAGCACCGACUUCGGGCAUCACGCCAGCGCCCACAGCAGCACCUUUCGCGACAUCUACGCCAGCUCCGACUUCGCCGAGUCCCACAGGCGAGUGCGACGCGCAGUGCGAGUACAGCGGGAACAUGAUGUACGGUGGUUCCGACUCGUGCCGGAACCGUGUCGACUGGAUCCUGAGCAACGGGCAGCCGGUGCAGCUGUCGUACGAGAUCGUCAACGAGGCCUGCGCCGGCCAAUGUGCGUGCGCACUUCCGGCCGCAUCUACGCCAGCACCGACUUCGGGCACCACGCUGGUGCCCAUGGUACCACCUACGUCGGAUGGAGGCUGCGACGCGCCUUGCGACUACAAUGGUGGCUCGCAUUCGUGCCGCGGUCGCAUCAGCUGGCUGGUCGAGCAUGGCGGCAAGAGUGCGGCGGCGGCCACGAGCCAGGUCAACGAGGAGUGCACCGGGCAGUGCUCCUGCCAGGCGCCGUCACCGAGCCCCACGGGCGAGUGCGACGCGCAGUGCGAGUACAGCGGGAACAUGAUGUACGGCGGCUCCGACUCGUGCCGGAACCGUGUCGACUGGAUCCUGAGCAACGGGCAGCCGGUGCAGCUGUCGUACGACAUCGUCAACGAGGCCUGCGCCGGCCAGUGUGCGUGCGCACCUCCGCAGUAG